AAUUUAUGUGUGUGUGGGAAAACAGCAGCAGCAGCAGCAACAAAAGCUGAAGUGAACAAAAUACCCGUGAACCUCCUCACAGCCCCCUCUGCUUCCACAGAGCGUGUUUGUGUGUGUGUCUCUGUUUGUGCGAAACGAAGUGGGUGAUUACACAUCGUCCCCCCUCCCCAUCGACGGAGUUUUCUCCAGGCAACUGGCGCACCUGGCACCCUUACCAGCUGGCACGGAGCACCAAGGCUGGAAAGCUAACCGUCUAGCCACCUGGUGGAACCUGGAACCUGAAAAGUGGCCCCAGCUGCUGACAGUCAAUAGAGAAGCGAACCGGACCCUCCGUACUGCUGCUGCUGGCCCGUGCCUUACUCCAUGCCCGGCUUCCAUCUCAAUGAAAUGGGCGAAAUGGUCUUGGACGCCAUCGACGACAUCGGCGUGGUCGAUGUGUACGACCUGGCCUCGGAUAUUGGCAAGGAGUAUGAGCGGAUCAUGGAUCGCUUCGGGACGGACGCGGUGAGUGGGUUGAUGCCCAAGAUCAUCAAUACUCUGGAGCUGCUGGAGGCGCUGGCCACGAAGAACGAGCGCGAGAACGCCACCAUUCAGGAUCUGCGGGACAAGAUCACUCAGUUGGAGAGCGAGAAGCUGGAGAAGGCGGAGUUCAGGCGCCGCUUUGAGAAAGAGCUGGAGCUCAUCGAAGAGCAGUGGCGCAGCGAGACCAACGAGCUGGUUGAUCUGGUCUCCUCGCUGCAGGACGAGAACAAGCGGCUGGUAAAACAGACGCAGGACCUGCAGUCCUCCUCCGCCCAGAGCUCCGGUCUAGGUGCCAGCCUCACCGAGAGCAUCAUCAGCAUGACCAACAAUGAGCUGCACAGCGCCCUGUCUGACACCCAGGUGUUGCAGCGGCUCAAGGAGCAGAUAUACAAGCAACGGGACGAGCUGAAGCAACGUGAGCGGGAGCUUCAGGACAAGUACAGCGAGCUGGAGCAUCUCAACAUUCAGUCGGAGCGACUAAAGGGCUCGGAACGGGACACGAGGCGGCGACACAAGCUGAUGCAGGCCCAGGUGAAGACGCUGUGCGAGGAACGAGCCGACUUCCUGGCCCAACUGCAGGACCAGUGCCGUGAGAUCAACCAGCUGCGCAAGCGCCUCGGCCUGGCCGAGAAGGAGAACGAGGAUCUUGUGCAAUCGUACGACGACGAUCAGAACGACCCCAAUCGGCCGCGCUAUACCACGCGAGAGCUCAAGGAGCUGAUCAGCGAGCGGGACGAGCUGCUGACCACUAUCGAUGGCCUCAACGAGCAGCUGGCCGAGCUAAAGCCCCCCAGCCAGCUAAAGGCCAAGCGGUCGCGGCAUAUCUCCAGCUCAGAUGACAGUGACGAUGACGAGGGUCAUUUGGCGGACAACGACGAUGACGACGACGACGAUGAAGAGGCGGCUGAAGCGGCAGCCGAACUUGAACCCCCAGUCGCUGGCGAGACGCCACCUGGUCACGAUGCACCCGUUCAAGGACCGCUGCCGUAUGAGCCAGACGAUGCGCCCUGGAAGAAGAGCUCCGAGUCGGGCAUACGCAAAUUUUUCCGCAAACUGUUCUCGGAUCCGUCAGACGGCAAUAAUACAUUCCCGAAACGUUCCUUGGCCACGCUCUCCAAGAUGGCGCUCUCGGCCACACCCGGCUCUGUGUCCGGCUCGGCCGCCGCCGCCGCCAUAUCUUUUUCCGGCGAGGCAGCGAAGUAAGAGCCCCCUAAAGCAUCAUCACACGCGUUGAAGUGCAUCUCAUUUUUUUAGUUCGCCUUUUUUUGUUUGUCUUUCCGUUCUGUUUAUCUGUUUCUGUCAUUUUCCAUUUUGAUUUUUUUCUUACUUUUACGUUUAUUUGCCCACUCGCCUGCAUCACUCGCCCGCAUCCUAUUAUUUGUUUAUGUAUUUAUUGUUUCUUUAUGUUUUCAUCUGUUUUAGUCUGUCUUUGUCCCUCGCUAUAUACCUUCUCCGUUUAAGCUGUACAUACAUAGUUUAUACACUCGAUUGCUGUGCCCUCGUAAUUCUAAGUUGUUAUGCGAUUUUAUUUACGUAAAUGUUUUGUAUCUUUUUGUAUUUAUUCUAACUUAAUUUGUAACUUAAUGCCCCCGGCCGGGGGCCCUCUACUAAGGUACUACUAAUCUAGACCCUGACUAGCAGGCAAUCAACAAUACCUUCCACAAAACAACACACAUCCCCCACAUACAUUCCUCGAUGUGAACACAUAAUAUACAUACACAAGAAAAUCCCAAGACCCAAGAUAUACGAGUAUUUGAGUGGAGUGUUCAAAAGAACCCCCAGACACAGAACCAGAAGUGAGUUUUUAAUGAAUUUAACUAUGAGCGCAGUCCCUUUUAUAGAAUCUGUAUGAAGAAGGAACAGAAUGAGUGAAGGAGUACAUAUGAUAGAUUGUAUUUGUAGAGAACAGGCAGAGCAGAACCUGACCAUGCCUAUACCAAAAAAAUACCAACAAAAACUAGAGAGAGGAUAACACGAAAAGUAUUUACUUCCAUUAACUAAAAGUCUAUCUAUCUAUACCAUCUCUCCUGUUUUCCGCCCCCGGAUCUAUAUGCCCAUAAUACUAUAUCUGUUGGUAGAUAUUUUAGCCUUCUCAUAGCAGUUGCCCCAAGCGGCCUUAUUCUAUUACAAAUUUAUCAAAAUACGCAAAACGUUUAGAUGAAAUGAGAAACCUAAAACAAAUUGAUGACAAAUACUAUAUAUACAAAAUAUUUAAAUAAUUAGCGAAACGUUAAAACCUUAGCGCAUUGUUUGUUGAAUUGAAUUGCAUAUUGAAUAUUGAAUUAAAAACUAAUCGAAACGAAAUCAAACUAAGACAAAAAUUAGAUUCCAUUGAAAGCCAAGGCUUGCGAUAGAGAGCGAUAGAAGAGAAGGAGAGCAUUAUCAGAACCAGAAUCAGAAACGAAUAGACAGAUUCAGACGCAGAUAAUGUUUUUAGCCAAAAAAGUUUACCAUAGACUUGGAAAAUAGCCAAGACUCGAAUUGUUGUUAGCGGAUUAGCGAAUGUGAAUACGAAUUACAAUGCACAUGCAUAUACAUAUAUGUAGAAUAUAUAAAAAUAGUCGGUUAUACAUGGCUUGAGAAAUGUGCAGACAAUUGUGGCUGAGAAAUCUCUUGGGAUAAGAAAUACAUAAAGAUUCAGGUUGAGCGUGGAUGGGCCUACACAAAAGGUCUGAGAGUUCUGAAGGCAUGUAGUAACGUAGACCCCCCUCAGAAAAAAGGGCAUAUAUAUACAAUAUGUAGCAUAGCAACCAGAUAUACAUACAUACAUAUAUAAUCCAAGAAACGAUUCCAAGUAAUUUUACCAUACCACCUCUCCAUCGAAGCGAGUCCUUGAGCCUAGAAUAUAAUACGAAAGAUUACAGUGUGUCCUUUAUUGCCUUGAAUUGGUUUAGGUUCGAAUGGAAAAAGAUGCUAUUAAAACUCUCUGUUCAGAGCGCAGUACAGUCACAAGCUACUUCAAGAUCUCUUUUUUAAGAAAAUUAUUUUCAUUUUUCAUUUUCCUUGUGUUCUGCUCCGCCUCCCUGCCUAAAAGCACAAAGCGUGCAUUCCCCCCUUACAUAUCAGCGUUAUCGAUUGAAAUGUGCCAAAGACUAAUUGUCAGUCCCAUGCACCCUGCAGCCCCAGGCCCCACAAAAUCCCGCCAUCCUUGUCCUCAAUCGAUCAAUCAGCGAAUCAACACUCGUUUCAAUUAAAAACAAAUUGUGGCAACUGAAUUUUUAUAUAUACAAGAAAACUGUAUUGAUGAUAACCGAAGGACUAACGAAAAAGAAUAUUAAAAGAUCACUUGAAACUGGAACGUAGGAGAGCGUAUCGGGAUCGGUUCGGAUCGGAUCGAGUGCUGGGGAGAGACAUUGGAUUGUAUCGAGUAUUUGGUGAAUUAAUGUUAACUAAAUUUAUAUACACAUAUACACAUGCAUUAUACAUAAUAUACUUUACUAUAUA